AUGGGACGCAGCUCACCACCUGGAAGGGCGGCCGCAGCCGCCAACUGCGGCGGCCGAAACCGAGCCAGGCGGCGCGCGGAUGGAGCCGUGGAGGCUGCGUGGGUUUUGGCGGUGCCGAUGCUCCUGGCUCCAGCUGUUUGGGGCACGACAGAGACGAAGUUGUCGCCUCUACCGACCCAGCAGUCACCAGGCAGAGAUUCUGACGAUCUCAGUACAUCAGGCUCCGUCAUGUACCCGUACCACUACCCGAUGGCACCGUACGGGGGCGUGCAUCCACUGACUGCGUUGGCACUCCUGGCGGCUCAUUCUCCCCCCGCCGCGCCGGCGCACCCGCUGCUGUUGGCAAGCCUGAUGGGCGGCGCGCCGGUGCUUCCCCCAGCCGCCGGCACCGCCUCAGCCGCCGCCGCGGCAGCCGCCGCCAGCGCCCCGGUGACGUACGUUGGCGCCGGCCAGGGCCACAACCCGCUUCUGGCCUACCUCCUGGCGCAGUACAUGCGCCACCAGCCGUACGGGGCGGUCAACUACAGCCUCCCGGGGUACAGCGCGUCCAACAACGUGCACAACAGCAAGGCGUUCGGCGCCUACAAGUACGAGGACAGGCACUGA